CCUCGUCGUCACUGUAAAGCUUAGAUUAAAGUCCGGUAGGUCGCGGCCGAUCUCCGCUCUCCACUUCAUCGCUUCCUCCGAUUCCGGCGAUCCAAACCGAAUCCGGCCGAUUCGAGGCGGACCGGGGAAGAGGAGAGGAGGCUAGGGGAGAUGGACCAGGUGUUGAACAAGGUGGGGAGCUACUGGUUCAGCAAGAGGGCCACCAAGGAGAUCGACUCCAUCGGCGACGACCUGAACUCGGUUUCUUCCAGCAUUGGCGGAGGAGCUAAAUGGAUGGUGAACAAGAUCAAAGGGAAGCUGCAGAAAGCAUUACCCGAUCUUCUCAAAGAAUAUGACAUGCCAGCAGGCCUCUUCCCGCGGGACACAACUAAUUACGAGUUCAAUGAAGAGACAAAGAAGCUGACGGUUUACAUCCCGUCAGCUUGUGAUGUCGGGUACAAGGACUCGUCGGUGGUCCGGUUCUUCACCUGUGUGACUGGCUACCUUGAGAAGGGAAAGCUUUCCGAUAUCGAGGGCAUGAAGACCAAGGUGCUUGUAUGGACCAAGGUGACCUCCAUCAAGACGGAGGGCUCAAAGGUCCAUUUCACUGCAGGCAUGAAGAAGACCCGCAGCCGCGAUGCCUAUGAGGUUGUCAGAGAUGGUAUCAUCAUAGACAAGUUCUAGAGCAUACCUGGUCUGAGAGGUGCAAUGUAAUUACUUAGAUAUACUUUCUCGGCUAGCUUACAUUGAAAUCUGUUGUGCUAUCCAUCGGCCUAUUAACCAACUGUGUUGCUGACAUACUCCCAUCUAUGACUUUCUCUAUAUCUUCACAAUUUGGUGCU